UGUUUUUAGCUGAUUCCUUCGUAAAAAACUUACAUAAACCCGGUCAGUGGCGCCACGAUACAUUGCCGUAGCUUAUAUGUUUAGGGUUUUCUCGCAAGCAUCUUGAUAUUUUGGGUGGAAGCCAAAUGAGACUAACAAAUGGCCUCACUCGGUAACUGACAACUGCUAAGAAGCUAUCGUAGAGGCGUGUCCCUGGUUAUCUACGGGCUUUGUACGUCGGUGGUUCACAUAUUCUACAUUGUCCAUAGGUCCGACACAGCACGGGCAACCAUGGCCACCGACAUGAUCGAAAACAUCACAAAGGUUCUGGUGCAGUCUGCCAAGUUGGUAGAGGAUCAGGUGGAUACGGAGUUGACCAAACUUAACGAAAUGGACGAAGACGACUUUGAAAAAAUGAGGGAACGACGAUUAGAGGCACUCAAGAAAGCCCAGAAACAGAAACAGGAGUGGUUGUCUAAAGGACACGGAGAGUACCGUGAAAUUCCCAGUGAGAAAGAGUUCUUCGGUGAGGUGAAGGAGAGCAAGAAAGUUGUGUGUCAUUUCUACAGAAACUCCACUUUCAGAUGUAAGAUCGUGGACAAACACUUGGCCAUCCUGGCAAAGAAGCACGUCGAGACCAAAUUCAUCAAACUCAGCGUGGAGAAAGCACCCUUCCUUGCUGAGCGGCUGCGCAUCAAGGUCAUCCCCACCCUGGCGCUGUUCAUUGACGGAAAGUCGAAGGACUACGUGGUAGGCUUUGGCGACCUGGGGAACACCGACGAGUUCACCACCGAGAUGUUGGAAUGGCGGCUGGGCUGCGCCGAUGUUAUUAACUACAGUGGUAACCUGAUGGAGCCGCCCACAUCCACACAGAAGCCUCACUCCAGGUUCACCAAAGUGGAGAAAAAGACCAUCAGGGGCCGCGGCUACGACACGGAUUCUGACGAUGAUGACGACUGAGGGACGCUGACAGCCGUCUUGGUUUCUCUCUCUGGGCUACCUCCUUUAUAACAUCUGUCAACCAGCCCUUUUUCUCUUUUAUCACUGUGUUCUUCAGUAUUUGUUCAAAUGUUUUCAUUAGUAAAAGAAAAUGACUUCAAAUAAGAUGAUGUCAUACUAAACUGGGGCCUCACCUAUCAGUGUUUGUAGGAUUCUUAGAAAGUGUACGUAUGCACAAAAGCUGAAAAUGGCGUACAACUAGUGCAAAAAAAUACAUUAGACCUAUCAAAUUGUGGGCAUCACAAAUUUGGGGUAAAUAAUUUUUUUGUAAUAGUUGAACAUUUUAUAAUUGUGUAUCAAGUUGUUUUCUCUUAACUGUCAUAUUCAAUUGUACUUUUAACUAUUAGAAAUUUUUAAAAAUGUAGCAGUGAAUGUAACAAAAUCUAAUUAGAGCAUACAAAUUAAAAAAUGAUUCAACUUCUAACACAAA